CGUGUUGCGAGUGAGCACUCGGGGCAAGGCCAACAUCUUAUAUACCAUGUCGUGUUAUUCAGAAACUUGAUUUCAGAAUCAAGGUACCAAGAUAAAACAUAGGCUGCUGCGCUCAUCGUUAAUACUCCUAGCGGGAUGUAGAAAUUAUCGAUGGACUAUUUCCGGCCUAGGAUAGCAGAUGUGUGUGCAGGGCACACAUCCGCCAUUCUUAAAGAUAAACAACACGGCCGCACACCAUUGUCAUGGGCAGCAGUGCAUGGGCAUGCUGCGGCAGUGGAGUUGCUUCUGAAGACACACAACAUUGACCUCGAUGCCAAAGAAAAGAGAGACGAAGAAUACCUAUCAAUUCAGCUUCGUCGGGCAGUAAAGCAUAAGCAUUAAAAUUUUUGUUGUUG